AUGGAGGCGGGGAGUCCUAGUCGGAGGAAGAGGAAACUAGAAGAGCCGCCUGCGGCUACGGCGGAGGGAGGCACUCACGCCCGACAACCGCCGCCCGGAGCGGGCCAAGGCGAGGAAGGAGGCCCCACCGCCGUCGACCGCAUCAGCGACCUCCCGGACCCCAUCCUCGCCGACAUCAUCUCCCUCCUCCCCACCAAGGGCGGCGCCCGCACCCAGAUCCUCGCGUCCCGGUGGCGCCACCUCUGGCGCUCCGCCUCCCUCAACCUCGACUGCGACUGCGACGGCCUCGCCCGCCUCGGCUACGGCUUCCCCAACGAUGACCAUGCCCUCGCUGCCCUCAUCCCUCGCAUCCUCUCCACCCACCCCGGCCCCGGCCGCCGCUUCUGCGUCCCCGCGAUCUACCUCCUCUCCCGACCGGCUGCUGUCGACGCCUGGCUCGGCUCCCCAACCCUCGACGGCCUCUGCGAGCUCGAGUUCUGCCUCGUCCAUGUCUAUGAGAAAGCAAGGUCGGUGCCAUCACUCCCGGCGUCCGCCUUCCGCUUCUCGCCCACCCUACGUGUCGUCAUCAUCCGCAAAUGUCACCUCCAUGACUCUGCUAGCCAGGCCCUUUACUUCCCCCAGCUUAACCAGCUCGCUCUUGAGGACGUCGUCGUGUCCGAGACCUCGCUGCACACCAUUAUUGCCGGCUGUCCUGCUCUGGAGUGCUUGCUGAUUCAGGGCAGCUCCGGCUUCCGUUGCAUCCGUAUCAACUCACUUACCCUCAGAAGCUUCGGUGUGCGUGUUGGUUCUCACCCAACACAUGAGCUUGGUUCUCAGCCAACAGAUGAGCUCCAGCUCGAGGAACUUAUCAUCGAGGAUGCUCCUUGCCUUGAAAGGUUGCUCCGUCUUGAUCUAUUUGAAGAACUCAAUGUAUCGAUAACCUUCGCCCCUAAGCUGCAGACCAUAGGCUGCCUUUCUAAUAAGCGUGUCCCUUCCAGAAGUUUCAUGUAUGGUUGUGCCGCAGUUAUUGAGGGAUUGCAUCUCGAUAGGCUGGCUGCGGUGGUAUGCACUGUCAAGACAUUAGCUGUUGAUUUGUUUAUGAAUGAUCUGGAUACAGUUAUUGAGUUGAUGAAAUGCUUUCCCUGCUUGGAGAAGUUGUACAUUGAGUCUGUGCCAGGUUGGAAAAAUUUAUGGCGCCGUAAACAUCGGGAUCUUAUUAAAACUUUUGAUAUUCGGUUAAAGACAAUAGGAUUGGGAUUCUACCGGGGCAUCAAGUCAGAAGUUGACUUCGUCACAUUCUUCGUCCUGAAUGCAAAAGUGCUUGAGUUAAUGAUAGUUCAUGUUAGCCCCCAGGAUUAUUAUCGGGGAUUUGAUGCACAUCAGUCUAAGAAGCUGAUGUUUGAGAGCAGAGCUUCCAGAGGUGCUCGGAUUCACUUUACAACCGGUAAUUGUCUCCGUGGUGCUUCAGAAAUCAACCACGUUCGUGAUUUGGAUCUAACUGAUCCCUUCAUAAGUAGAUGUCGACAUUUAGUAGCUCGUUAGGUAGUUCUUGCCUAUCUCACUUUGUGCUUUUUCCAAACUUGGUUAAUCCUCGUGUUUGCUACUUUUUUCUUCUCCUUUGGUUUGUA